AUGCUCCUCUGGUCUUCCGGCUCAUACAUUUCCGUCUCACUACUCUCCCAAGCCCUCCGCAUCUUAAUUCACAUCUUCCUUGGUCCACAACUCGCCUUGCUGGCCGGGCUGGCCAUCGGUCAAAUUGCUCUAUUUUUAUUUCUACCAUACAAUGCAAUCCUCUCUAUCAUCUUCCUACGCCGGCCGAAGCAGCAGGAAAUGACGAUUAAUACAGUGCAGGAGCACUCAAGUACCAUCAGGGGAUCCCCGACGCAUAGUGCAAGA